AUGUGUAGUUUUUUUUAUUAUAUUACCAAAAUAGCCUUUGUAUUUUAUCAGAUAACUGCUUCUCAGGGUCAAGGUCAAACUCAGCAGCAAGGUUUCAAUGGGUGGUCUGUGUUUAAGACUCUGCUCUUUCGAAUGCUCAUUAUAUAUAUGAUAAGCCAGUGGUUUCGCAAAUCAAACACUCCGACAAAUAAAACUUCAGAUGGACAACUUCAGGGUCCUUUCCCGGCUUCUAAUAUUUUUGGAAAAGAAACUUACAUGGACUUGUAUGUGUACAUAACAGAAGAAGAAAUGAUGACAAAAUUUGAUGAGUCUAAUUUGUUUUGGAUGGAGGAAGGCAUGCCAUAUGAUGGUUGGACUGGUGGCCAAGAUGGGGAGGGAACAUACACUAUGACAGGAAAACUGCCCAUUUCAGAAAGUGUCCAAAACAAUGGCUCGUUGUACAUUCACGUUUACUUUGUCAAAAAUGGUUUCUCACCAAACCCAUCUGAUGUUGAGAGGUACCAUAGUCAACAUGUUGUCUACAAGAAGAAAUUGCUGAACAAGUUUAAGAAGCGUCGUUUUCACACAAUGAAGAACCUGCUUACGGGCACAACUGAUGCACACGCUGAUCUUGUGAGGAAUGCAACUGAGAGUAAGUUUGAAAUAAUCUCUCACUGGCAUCCGAAUUUGACCAUCAACCUGGUUAACGAUCAGACUGGCUUUGUUAAGGGUUCAAUACCAGCCCCACUUGAUGAAUAUGUGGUAUUCUUGCCGGGAGAUAUCCACUACUAUCCAAUUUUGUAUUUCAACGAUUACUGGAACCUCAACAGUGAAUAUACACCCAUCAAUUCCACCACCAAGGUUUUGAACUUGACGCUGACAUACUACCCCCUCUCCCUGUUUAAAUGGCAGAUGUAUGCAGCACAAGGAAUGCAGAACAAGUGGUUCAACAUGUUUGGUGAGGAUCUGGUGGAAAAUAAUGAUGAGGAGCAAGAUUCACUCAAGAGAGCAUUCAUAGAGACGAAUCCAUAUCUUCUGUUUAUUACCAUUGUUGUCUCCCUUGUCCACAGUGUUUUUGAGUUUCUAGCUUUCAAAAAUGACAUCCAGUUCUGGCGCAAUCGUAAAUCUCUGGAAGGAUUGUCUGUUCGUUCGGUUUUUUUUAAUGUUUUCCAAUCAGUUGUUGUUCUCCUCUAUGUUCUUGACAAUGAGACCAACUUUGUUAUCAAAGUCAGUGUUUUUGUUGGAUUGCUGAUUGAAAUUUGGAAGAUUCAAAAAGUUAUUGACAUCCAGUUGGACAGAGAGAACAAGUGGUUUGACAGGAUACCAAUGAUUAAGAUCAAGGAUAAGUCAACGUACACUGAAUCACAGACGAAGAAAUAUGAUCUCAUGGCAUUCAGAUAUCUCUCGUGGUUGUUAUUCCCACUGUUGAUCUGUUAUGCCGUCUAUUCAGUCUUAUACCUUGAACACAAGGGCUGGUACUCCUGGGUGCUCAGCAUGCUCUAUGGCUUCCUACUCACUUUUGGUUUCAUAAUGAUGACACCUCAACUGUUCAUCAACUACAAAUUAAAGUCAGUGGCUCAUCUGCCAUGGAGGAUGUUGACAUACAAAGCACUGAACACCUUUAUUGAUGAUUUGUUUGCUUUCGUCAUCAGGAUGCCCAUGCUCUACAGGCUGGGAUGCUUCAGAGAUGACAUCAUCUUCUGUAUCUACCUGUACCAGCGUUGGAUCUAUAGAGUUGAUCCUAAGCGUAUCAAUGAAUUUGGAACAAGUGCUGAGAUGAUGGAAGAUGAAACAUUGCAAACACCUGCAAUCACUGCAUCACCAACACCAUCAUCCACAUCAUCCACAUCACCAGAAAGUGUUGAAGCUGAUAAAACCAUUGAGUCGCGUAAGUUUUGA